AUGUCGGUAUUCUCGAAAAUCAAGAAGGGCCGCCAGGCAGCCAAAGAGCACCGUGCAGAGCAGGCCGAGAGGGAAAGGAAGGAGGCCGCGAAGGCGCCGUACAAGCACAUACCGAAGCAUGCUGCCAUAGAUGCUCUGUCGGGCGGCCCAGCGGGCUGGAGGGAGAACGACCGACAGAAGAUAGUCGAACAGAACCGGAGACGGAGCGCCAUGACGGCUAGCGGAGUAGGUAUGAGCGGCAUGAUGACGCCGGUUCAUGCCGGCAUGCCUCGUGUCUCCAGCUCUCUCUCUCACGUCUCAUACCCGUCUGCAUAUGCGACCCCCAUCGUCCAGCUCCCACGAAAUUACAGCUAUAGCAGCAUGCCGUCUGGUUGGACUAACCAAGCGGGGGAAAUGAGCUACACCUCGAUGGACAUGGCGUCGAGCAUGUCACCGAAAGGCAAGGAAGUUGAGAGGGUCGUUAUCGAUUCCUCCCGCACUAGUCGGUCUUCGAGUAAAGUGUCCACAAACCGAGUUUCGCUUCCACUUGCGAACGGGGAUGGUACCGUCUCCCCUGUCAGCAGCUCUGGUAACUCGACCAGCUCACAGGAUGACUUGGAGAUGAAGCCCGCUCGAGUCAACAACUCGGCUAGCGCUUCACGACCUAACAGGCCGAUGAGCAAUUUCGAGACCAUCCAUCGGCUGCACCCGGGACAUUCGCGCAGAGUGUCCGACCCGAACCGUUCCGGAGCACACUCACGAACAUCGUCAGUCCCGCUCACCAGUUCCAUCGCUCCCGGGAUCCCUCCUGUUCCCACGCUUCCGCCGAUGCAGUUUGGCACAGCCAUUACAACCCCGGGAGCAUCCUUGUCCGGCGGAUCGGCCUCAAGUUCGGUCACUAUGGUGCCUGUCGCAUCCAGCACAUCUCUUGCGGCUAAGGUGGCGCCAACAGUUACACUCCUAGCUGCGGUGAAAGCGGAAGAACAAGACACGGUUCAAGAGGUCAGCAUCACGCCAGAACCCUCGAGCGAGGAAGAGCUUGCACACUCGACACCUCCGACCACUCCGCCGACAGCCUCAUCCUCGCCUUCGAAGUCGGACUCUUCUGGCAAGGAGAGGCGGAAAAUCUCGAAGAAGACCCGGUUCUCGGAGCUGGAGACAAUCAAGUCGAACGUAUCCGAGGUCAUUGAGAUUAGCACCCCGACCGAGCUGGCGAGAGAGAACGACGAGAAGAGGCGGCCAGCUUCGGUGGUAACUGCGCUCCCGACGAAUUUCGACGAAGGGAGUCUUCCCGCGCCUACACACAUGGCUUUGCCUCCUCCCAAGCCGGGCAAGCUCUCCAAGAACCCAGGCUCUGGGGCGAAACUGGCCAAGAAGAAUCGCUGGUCACUAAGGAGCAGUAAGAGCGCAGUGGCAGCCGGCUGA